AAUCCAGAAAGCCUGAAACUGUGUCAGUAACUGAAAAAUGUCUGAAAUUACAGACACGCACCCGUCCUCUUCAGCCCACAGGAGACAACGUGGCCCUAUCGUCGACCGACACCACCAGAUCUCAUGGAUAAUGAUGCAUCAGUAGACUGUUUACUGUCUAUGAUGCACAAGGAGAAGAUCACCCGACCUUCUCCCCCACCAGUGGUCUCAAUAGACCAAGUACACAAAGUCCUGAGGAAGAUCAACCCCUGCAAGGCAGCAGGACCAGACAACAUCGUAGGAUGGGCCCUUAAAGCAUUUACUAACGAGCUGGCUGAUGUUCUCACUUCCAUCUUCAACCUCUCCCUCAGCCAGAGCAUCGUUCCCACAUGCUUCAAGACCACAACUAUGAUCCCUCUCCCCAAGAAAAGCCCACCCACCUGCCUAAACAACUACAGAGGAGUUGCACUCACUGCAAAGUGUUUUGAGAGAGUGGUGCUGGCCUACAUCGAGAGCAACAUCCCAGACACUCUGGAUCCCCCAAUAGGUCAACAUCAGAUGCUAGCGCUGCUACCAUUCACUACUUCCUCUCCCACCUGGAAACUAAUGCCUCCUACAUCAGGGUGGUAUUGGUUGAUUGCAGCUCUGCCUUCAAUACUCUCAUCCCUCACAAACUCAUCCACAAACUGUCUACACCCCACCCUAUGUGACUGGCUACAGGACUUUUUGACUGGCAGGUCAACUACCUGAGACACAGAUAGGAUUCGAACCUGCGCUACCUGGUCUCAAGGCGACUGCUCAUCUCACUGAGCCAAACUGGUCCUCAGGGAAAGAAGCUGAAUCAUGCUUAAAACAGGUGAAAAAGCUGAAAUUCUGCUGAAAGAGCAGAAGAGGCUGAACUUUCUGUGGAAAAGAGGUGAAGAAGCUGGAAUUUGUGUUGAAAAGAGUUAAAAAAAAGUUUAACUGGUAACUGAAAAAGUUGUUGCCAUAGGCAGGAUUCGAACCCAGGCCUCCCGCACUGAGAACGGCUGCUCAGCUCACUGAGCUAAAACAUGGCUCAGCCCGGCAAGCUAAACUGGUGAUCACACUGAUAAUGUGGUCCCAUUCAGCAAAAUGGGCCAAAAAAUGACAUAAAAAGCUUAAUAUCUGAAAAAGUAUAAAAGUUAUGAGCACCAAAAGAUAUAGCAGGCAUUAGCAGAAAGAGCAGAACAGUUUAAAGUUUGAAUGGUGAAAAUCAGAUGAAAACUGAGGGAGUAGUUAACCAGCAAAGGUCUGAGCAACUAGAAUAAGGUAGAAGAAAGAAUAAAGAGAAACAGGAUCACGGCAUUCACACAGUUAAGCUCCUUUGUACAUCCAUCUACAUCGACAUCUGCAUACCACACUUGUCUUCACUUACUUAUUUUUUAUACUUAUUUUUAUCUUAUUUAUCUCGUUCUUUUUAAACUUGACCUAACUUGACAUUUGUGUAUGGACAGCAAAGGAAGAAUUUCAUUGCACAGAGAAAUGCUAUUUCUUCUGUACAUAUGACAAUAAACACUUUGAAUCUUGAAUCUUGAA